AUGGGCACUACGAACAAGUUUGUGGUGAUCUUUAUUGAUGACAUCUUGAUUUAUUCCAAGAGUGGAGAAGAACAUGAGGAACAUUUAUGUCAAGCUCUACAAGAAGGGAUUGUUGUCGACCCAUCCAUGGUAGAAGUCGUGAUGGCAUGGAAACAACUGCAAACUGUCACUGAGAUUAGAAGUUUUCUAGGCUUGGUCGGGUACUAUAGAAGAUUUAUUGAGGGAUUUGCCAAGAUUGUUGCUCCAUUAACACACUUUACGAAGAAGAACCAGAUUUAUGUGUGGACUGAGGUGUGUGAGAAAAGUUUCCAACUGAUGAAGGAGAAGCAAACUACGUCCCCAGUGUUAUUAUUGCCCCAACCGGAAGAGCCUUACGAAGUUUAUUAUGAUGCUUCCUAUCAGGGUUUGGGUUGUGUGCUGAUGCAGAACAAACGAGUAGUGGCCUAUGCCUCAAGGAAAUUGAAGGUGCAUGAAAAGAAUUAUCCCACUCAUGACUUGGAGUUAGCUGCAAUUGUCUUCGCAUUGAAAAUUUAG